AAUCAAUCACAAUUCACAACACCUGCACACACCCAAGAAAGAAACAUUCAGAGAUCAUUAUAUACAUAUAUAUAUAAUGUAUGUAACAAGGCCACUUUCUAUGUUCAGAAACUCGCCGUCGGCGUUGUCGAUGGCGCCACCGGAGGGUCCAAACUCAGGGAUUCUGGUGAUCAAAGACGAAGCUGCAGAAUCAAAAUGGUUAUUCGGAAUGCUUAAGGAUGAAACAGUUCUGGUCCCUCCUUUCCCUCAGAAUAAGAAAAUAUGGCUUUCUCAUACAAUGGUUGUUGGAACUAAUUCCAUGGUUGAUUAUAUCUAUGCCCUCUUAAUUCCUGUUCUCAAUCAGCCUUUGUCUUCUAACCAAUAUUACAUUAUCAAAUCCAAUGGAAGUGAUAAAGGGCUAGCAUACAUGUGUUCAAAAGAAGAAAAUGGUAGCAGAUUAUUGGGCAUUGCUGAUACACCACCACAAAAAUUCGACCCAACAAACAUUUACCAAGAAUUCGAGAUCAGUAACGAUAUGUAUUAUGGCAAACCCAACGGUUUUAAUUUCAAGUCUGUGGCUUCCAAUGGAGUAACUCCAUAUGCCAUGACACACAAGAAUUGGAGAGCUUAUUGCAAGACUCUCAAGACUUUCCAACCCACCAAAGAAGCGCUUGGUCUCGACGUCACGCUUCGAGCUCGUCUCCCUCCGCUCACAUUCUCCCUGCCAUGUAAUUUCUCCAGCCCUAUUGUUGUAGGGAAAUGGUACUGCCCUUUCAUUUUCGUUCGAGAAGGCGAUGUGGAUUCUCAAAUCAAGAACUCUCCAUAUUACGAAAUGACCCUUCAACAGAAUUGGGUGGAGGUUUUUGGGUGUGGGAAUAACUCAGGAGGGAGAGGAGUAGAGUUGGAUGUUUUGGUGGAGAAGGAAGUGGUUUCGGUCGCAGGGCGGGUGGUGGCUGGGGUGAAUAUCGGAGAUGGGGCAGCGUGGUUCGGUUCGUCGAGAGUCGGGUUGAGCAUGGCAAUUGUGGAGAGGAUAAAAUGGGAAGAGGAAAAAGGUGGAUUUGAAUGGGUUAGAGAAGGAGGAGAAAAGGAAGUGAAGGUGAAAAGGAGGGAAGAGUUUGAAGGGGUGGGAAUGUGGAGGAGAUUUGGGUGUUAUGUUUUGGUUGAAAGGUUUGAGCUUAGGAGAAUGGAUGGAACUUUGGUUCUUUCUUGGGAAUUUAGACACACUAAUCAAAUUAGAACCAAGUGGGAGUGACAUUAUAAGCAUUAUAUUUCAAAGUAGACCCUUGAAUUUUGCUUUGUGAUUUAUGUUCUUCAAUAUCAUUAUUUCUGAUAAAAGUGGAUUUCUAUAUACAUUAGAGUUUUGUAACUUUAGCCUCCUCUCUUGGUUAUGUUAUUGUUUUCUGGUGGAAAAAUAGUUUUUUAGAUGA